AUAUUUCGUAAUUGAGAACACCAACAACAACAGCCAACAAAAUCGCAUCUAAAAAAAUUUUAUAGUUUAUCGUUUGAACAAUGCAUUAAUAAGAAAAAUGUUAGUGAAGAAUUUUAGUAAAUUAACACAAAUAUUUGGCCGACUCCGUUAUGUGCGUAGUCCAUAUGACUAUUCAAUUGGCAUUCAUCAAAACUGUCGUUUGAGAUUCGACGGAUUGCGAUCAUUAUGCAUUAUUCAUCCAAAGGAGCAGCAACGGCAACGUCAAAAAUCCUCCAGCUCUUCUCCACCUCCAAGCCUACUGUUUACGGCUGCUUUCAGUUUCAAUUUUCUGCUUGGCGGCAGCAGUGAUAAGGACGAAGAAGAUACACCCGAAGCGAAGCUAAUAAAUACGAUAAAACGCUCGAUUCUCUGCAUACAAAACGAUCAGUAUGAUAAGGCGGAGCAAAUGUUACAUCUCGCCUUGCGCAUGGCACAGGAUAUGCAGUCCUUCAAGGGCAUUACAUAUGUCUAUGAUCUGAUGGCAAAUCUUGCUAUGGAAAGAGAACAGUUUCGCAAAGCAGAAAAGCUUUUUGUGGAUGUAAUGAAGCGCCUUAUGUCCGAUGGCCACUCGGAGGAUAGUCCAAAGAUUCUGCACAUUAGCUCCAAAAUCGCUCACAUGUCGCAGCUACAAGGCGAGCUGGAGAAGAGUUUCCAGGGCUUUACAUGGACUCUGCAGCGAUUGGCCAAAUUGGUUCAGAGCAUGCCAGAAGAUAAUGAUAUCUUGGAGUUAUAUGGCUUGACAAAGAACUGGUUUGGCCAAUUGUUGAUGAAGCAGGGCAAAUAUGACGAGGCGAGGAAGCUCUUCAAAGAGGCGUUAGAUAUCCUGAUUGGUGUCUACGGCACACUUAACGAUGCCUCAGUGACCAUCUUAAACAACAUCAGCGUUGCUUAUGUGAAUCUGGAACAGUAUGCGGAGGCCAGGGAAACACUGUUGCAGGCUUUAUCGAUGGCCAAAGAGCUGAAGGAUACCGCCCAGGAAGGCAUUAUACAGGCUAAUCUGGGACUCGUAUAUCUGCGUGAAGGUCUUCUCAAGGAGGCCGAAAACUUUUGUAAGCUCGCUUGGAAAACGGGCAAGAAACAGGAGAAUGCUGAUGCGAUUGAGCAGGCCGAGUAUUGUCUCAACGAGAUUAAGAGCUGCAUGAAGAACUAGUUAACCUCGAAAGCAACAAACUUAUAUACAUGUUUUAUAACAAGCAAGAUAUGUACCACAAAAAAUUUUGUAUUGCAAUUCUUCGGUUGACCCAGCGACAAAAGUUAUUAAAUAACGUCGUACAAAUUUA